GACAUGCGGUAGAUGAAGUAGAUGGAACUGGCAAUGAUGCUGCCGGAGGGCACGAGCAGACCUAACAUCCAGGUAUCUCCCCCAUCGCCGUUGUUUACCAGGUAUCUCGUCACCUGGCCAGCAGCUUGAAUGACCAGCAAGCUGCAGAAGCCUUCUGUAAGCUGGAAGACGGGCGUCGAAUAUCUCAGCACCUUGUCCCAUCCUCCGAUCAAUGCAUGCUCCAGCAGCCCUUCCUUCCCAAAGACCCAGUCCUUGAAGCUAGCAUUUUGGUGCAAUGGCUUGGUUGCGUUGUAGAAUGCGCGGCUCACCCAGCUCGCGUCGUCCCCAGCGUCCACGCUGAAUUUGUUCAAGCUCCAGAUCAGCAAGAAAGGUAUCACCAGCGUCUGUAAGCCUGAGAUGGUGUUGACUGCAGCCCUCCUCCAUGUCGAUCGUUCUGGCGUAGCAAUUCGCAGACAUGAUAAGAAGAAGUAGUAGCUUGCCAGGCUCAGACUGAAGGCCAGGCCGCACGUGCGACCACCGACAUCGAAAGCGAGUGGAAUGGUGAAGACGAUGGAGAACAGGAACAAAGUGCUCCCGAGAAAGCGGAGUAUCAUCGCUUAAGCCGCACGUAGGGUUCGAAGGCGCGAAGGCUGUCGGGCGUCGAGUUGAGUCGACUCGAGGGUUUCAUGCGCGGCGCCGGAGGAAUGUAUAAAGUGGCUCUCCUCCCACCAGUCCGGAGGGUGGUGUUCGGCGGAAGCUCCGAGCGAAGGUUCCACCCGGCGAGACUCUCCACAAGGACCACAACGUCCAGAAGGGACGGGCCGUUCUCUGUUGUGGUGAGAGGCGGUCAAGAGGCAGAGGGAGAGAUGGAGGCAGCGGCAGGGCAGGGCAGAGUGAAGCGAGUCGUAGAAGUAUGGCGAGAGGUCGCGUGCGAACAAGAGCAAGCGCAAGGACACAGCAGUCCAGCAGCAGCCAGCCCGCCAGCAACCAGAGAGCUCUGCGCGACCUGCAGCUUGCUUUUCUGCCUGCUUUUAGCGAUCGACGCUUCGCAUGACAGCCCGAUUCAGGAUUUGUUCGGACCAGACGACCUCAGUAUCGUGCUCGGCGUUGGACAAGCGCAAUCAAACAUGGUCUAUCGUCCGGAAGCAGGGUUCGAUGGGUGUGGCGGUGAUGCUGAUGCUGAUGCUGGCCACGUGAAAGCCAGAAUGCUUGGCGCCAAUCGACCGAACCUUGGCCAUCGGCUCAUGCAGGGUCCAGAGCUUAUUGGUAGAGACUUACACAGAUGGCCGUCCCAUUCUUUUGGGUUUCUGCGGGACUGUCCCCACCAUUCCUGCUAG